AUGCAUUGUAUGCGAACCCCAGCCUUACGCAUUUUUCUUCCUAACUUUUUUCCCUUUAAUAUUCCGUCUGUCCAUAUAAACAUUCUCCAAUCCUCUUCACUCUUAUUUUUUUGCUAUUUCUCAUUCGUCCUCCCACGCAAUCAUCAAAGCCCCCCCCCUCUCUCUCUCUCUCUCUUCACUCAGACCCCAUAUCGACACAACUGCUCUAUAUACGUGCUGCUGCUGCUUCUACCGCUUCUUCUUUUUCUUCUUCCCCUCCUCUUCCUUUUCCUUCUUCUUUUCCUCCUCCUUCCUCUUCACUUCUUCUUAUUUGUGCUAUAUUGUUUUCAGAAUAUAUCUACCAUUUUCUCCUCUUUUUUCUUUCUCUCUCUCCUCGUCUCUCUCACUUUUUUCUUUCUUUUUUUUCUUUCUGUCAUUCUUUCUUCCAUUUUUUCUUUCCGCUACUCUCUCUUUCUCUCUUUCUACUAUUAUGUCUUUCUUUCUUCCUUACUUCCAGUCAUUAUUUUUUCUCUCUUUCUGCCAUUCUUUCUUUUUUCUGCUAUUCUUUCUUUCUCACUUUCUAUGAAGCUUUCUUUCUUUCAGUCAUUUUCUCUUUUUAUCUCUCUUUCUGCCAUUGUUUCUUUCUUUUGCCUUUCUUCCUUUCUUUCUGCCAUUCUUUCUUUCUUUGUUUCUGCUAUUCUUUAUUUCUUUCCGCCAUUCUUUCUUUCUUUUGCCUUUAUUCCUUUCUUUCAUUCUGCCAUUCUUUCUUUCUUUCUUUUUUUCUCUCUUUCUUUCUUUUUGCUAUUCUUUAUUUCUUUCAGCCAUUAUUUCUUUCUCUCUUUCUGCCAUUCUUUCUUUCUUUCCUUUUUGCUUUUCUUCCUUUCUCUCUGCCAUUCUGUCUUUCUUUCUUUAUUUAUUUAUUUCAGCCAUUAUUUCUUUCUCUCUUUCUACCAUUCUUUCUUUCUUGUCUAUCAUACAUUCCCCUCACAUUCCCCGUUAUAUUUUUUUCCCCUUUGUGCUGUGCAUAUUCGCACGGUUUGA